AACAGAUUCAUAAUUAAAAAACUCAAAUUUGUUGUUUUACCAUCCACAUAAGGUGGGUGGGGGGUGUCACGUGUCUAUAACAUUUACUUUUAUUCUGAUGUUCCUAUAUCGGCACAAAUUCGGUGAGUGGCCCCAACCCUUGCUUUCAAGCGCUGUGGUAGGACCGCCAAUUGGUCGGAAUGCUGCGCCCAAGUGCAACAAGACUGCAUGCUUUUUUAUCAUUUUUCUCGUAUCAUCGCAGCCACUACUACCAAACAGCUCGACCCCCCCCUCCCCCCACAGGGUAAAAAAAACCAGUGGCUACGAAAUGGAUGGAGAGGAACUUGAUCUCAAAAAUAAUAAUGCGAAAUUAUUAUUGGGGCAGUUUUUUUUGACCAUCGUGCUAUUUAUUUCCCACGCAUAUUCAACAUCAUGUAUGCGGCUGGCUUUGCAUGAUGUAAUUCGCAUUGUCACGCUUGUUGCCGCAGGGAUUCCAGCAGCAACAAGCGUGACGGCAAAUAUUAAAGCAAAAAGAUUGUAUUGAGAAAAAGAAAAAAUUACGCGUAAAAUCUUAAAUGAAAGAAAAAGUGUAUGUAGGUUUGU